ACAAAAAUAUUCUUUGACUAAGAUUUUGCCAGAGGAAUUCAAUUGUGUAAAGAAUUACUAACUUUUUUGCGUCAAAAAUCCAGUCAACUCCACACUACUCAAGCAGUCAACCCGAAGUCAUCUCAGUUUUCCGAACCCAGGGUUCUAUUUCCAUUUGAUUCUGAAUCAGCUAAAAAAUCACGCCAUCUACAUAAUCGUGACACCACAAACUUCUCAGCUGAUAAUUCAAGUCAACAUCCUGACGUACAAAGCUCUACGACUGUUUGCUCUUCUAAUGCAUUUUCAGCAACCGAAUCCCGGAACGUUAACAAUCAGAAACGUUUUAAGUCGUCUCGUUCUGAGUAUUCCGAUAAGUUUUCUGGCUUGAAUCACCACAAAUUUCUUCAAAAAUCCAGGGAAGUAGCACAUUCACGUUCAAAUGUUUCAUUUUCUCCGAGUUCUGAAAAAUCACCUCACUUCCAACCUAUUCAAUCACCAAAAGUAUUCCAUUCACCGAUUUUAUCACGUGAUGAAGUGAAAACCACUCAAGUCUGUAAGAAGUCUUUGAACCAAGAUCACAGUGGAUCUCUUGGUCGAAAUACCACUCGGGAAGAGAAACCAAAAUAUGCAUGGAAUAUUCCUUCAGCUAAAAAAAAGGAGUUAAUUGAAAACUCAGAUGUUUACAUCAGUGAAGUGGAUUUAAAUUAUAUUAAAGUGAAGUUUCGUCAUGAUCCUGCUGAAAUGGCGCGACGACUCUUCAAAUCGAUAAUUGGAGAAGACCGAUUAUCUACUAUGAGCCGAACUGGUGGAAAUGGGUGGCAGCCAUUACCCCUAGACGUUAGCCAAACAGUUUACGAAUAUGUUAAAUUAAAUUCAAAACCAAGACUGAAUUUUGAGAAAUUUGAGCGAGCCGUUACACAAAUGUUUACGUCAAUCAGGCGAACUAAUAACGUUUCUUCGAAGCCUUUACAAAAUCCAGUCGAUUCAAAAAAGUCAUCAAGUUCAACAUCUCGUCGCCAAUCGCAGAUCACGACACCAAAAUCAUCUCAUGUUCGUGAAUCGUCGUUGCAUACUCCCAGUCAGUCUCCGUAUGAUUCUUCUACGCGUUCGCACUAUCAAUCACAAGAUCACUCUCCCAAUUAUCGACAGCCUGAUCAUCACUCCAAAAAAUCUUCUCACAACCGUCGUUCCAUUGAUCGUCAUCAUUGGUCACGUGAACGAUCAAGAAGCCGUUCACUAUAUUCUCGAUGUAGUGAUGAAAGUCACCGUAAAAGUUAAUGAGCACUGAUAAAAACAAUUAUUUGAGAAAAAUGUUCUCGAAUCACGAAUAUUAUUCUGUGAAAUUAUAUUAUUAAUUUGAAUUAUACUUAAAAAUUCUCUAACC